CCUGGCCAUGGCCCAGUAACCGCGACCCGCCCCCGCGCUCCCGGCCCGCCUCCGCGCUCACCGCGCCUGCACUCUCCGCUCUCUUCUUUCUUCAGCCGAGGCCGCCGCCGCCUCCUCUCCAACCCACAGCCAUGGAGUUCUCCACAGUCGCCCUAGUUCCUGUCUUCUCCCAGCUGAGCAUCCUACAGAGCCUCUUCCCAGCUGUCGGUGCAGCCUCCUUCAUUGCCAUCUGUACCCAGCGCCUGUGCUGCAGCCAUGUCACUCCUGGCGACCCUGGGGCUGGAGCUGGACAGGGCCCUGCUCCCAGCUAGCGGGCUGGGCUGGCUCGUAGACUAUGGGAAACUCCCCCUGGCCCCUGCCCCCCUGGGUCCCUAUGAGGUCCUUGGGGGAGCCCUGGAGGGCGGGCUUCCAGGGGGGGGAGAGCCGUUGGCAGGUGACGGCUUCUCUGACUGGAUGACUGAGAGGGUUGACUUUACAGCCCUCCUCCCUCUGGAGCCCCCCCUUCCCCCGGGUGCCCUCCCUCCACCUUCCCCAGCUCCACCUGACCUGGAAGCUAUGGCCUCCCUUCUUAAGAAGGAGCUAGAGCAGAUGGAAGACUUCUUCCUGGAUGCCCCUCUCCUCCCACCUUCCUCCCCUCCGCCACCUCCCCCACCCCCCUCGAUCCCCCUCCCGCUCCCCCUGCCCACCUUUGACCUCCCCCAGCCCCCUGCCCUGGACACCCUUGACCUGCUGGCCAUUUACUGCCGAAGUGAGGCCCCGGGGCAAGGAGACAUGAGCCUGGCUUCUCUACCCCCUCAGCCACCACAGCAGCCCCCCCCUCCCCCUCCAACCCAGCCCUCCCGCCCGGCCCCCUACCCCCAUCCUGCCACCCCCCGUGGGGACCGAAAGCAGAAGAAGAGAGACCAGAACAAAUCAGCGGCUCUGAGGUACCGCCAGAGGAAGCGGGCAGAGGGCGAGGCCCUGGAGGGCGAGUGCCAGGGCCUGGAGGCGCGCAACCGGGAGCUGAGAGAGAGGGCCGAGUCAGUGGAGCGGGAGAUCCAGUACGUGAAGGAUCUGCUCAUCGAAGUGUACAAGGCCCGGAGCCAGAGGACUCGGAGCACUUAGAUGCAGGGCCAGGGCAGGGGCCCAGGGUGGGCACUGGUUCUCCUUGUUCUGGGGCUCAGGUAGGAGGGCCCCUCCCUUCAUCAUGCCUCUCCCUCUAGCCUUACACUAGACAUCCCUCCGUCCUUCCCUCUCUGGUCCCAUCAUCCUCUUCCUUCCAUUCAUUCUGUUUUCCUUCCCUCCUUUCUUACCAGAGCACUGCUCAGCUCUGGUUCAUGGUGGCACUGGGAAUUGAAUCCAGAAACUUGGACCCUCAGCCAGGAAGGUCUGUUG